AUGCCUCACUUUGACGAGAGCAAGGCGUACGCCAUCCAGGAAGAAGUAUUCUUUGAUGACGGCCGCGAGAUUGAACUCCUACAUUUCGUUUACAGCCAGCCCAACCUCGAUGAGAUCCGCGGCUCUACUGAGGGCGUCUUGAAGGCGAUUGACGACUUUGGCCGGACCAAGAAGUACCUGAUGAAUGUGGGCGAGGACAAGGGCAAGAUCGUGACUGAUUUGAUCGCCGACAUCAAGCCCAAGGUAAUGGUCGAAUUAGGAGGUUACGUCGGCUACUCCUGCAUCCUUUUCGGCAACGCGGUCCGCAAAGCCUCCCCAGGGGCGCAGUACUACUCGCUCGAGCGCAACCCCGAAUUCGCCGCCGUCAUCAGCUCCCUCGUCGACCUCGCCGGCCUCAACGACACGGUAAAGGUCGUCGUCGGCCCCAGCGACGCCUCCAUCGCCCGCCUGCACUCCGCCGGCACGUUUCCAAACGGCAAGAUCGACCUCAUGUUCCUAGACCACUACAAGCCCGCCUACACCACGGACUUGAAGCUGUGCGAGCAGCUGGGCCUCGUCGGGCCCGGCUCCGUACUCGCGGCCGACAACGUCAUCAAGCCCGGCAACCCGCCAUACCUUGAAUAUGUCCGCAGCUCGGUCGCCGAGAAGCGCGCGGCGGCCCGGGACGUAGGGGCGGCAAGAAAGGCGGCCGGGCGGCACGACGAGCGGACGGCGAAGCAGUACGAGAAGCGGGAGGGCGAAGAGAGGUUGGACCUGACGCGCAUCGGCAACCCGAACCUCCAGUAUGAAAGCAAGCUCGUCAAUAGCUUUGAGCCGACUGGUGUGCCGGACGGUGUUGAGAUAACAAGAUGCGUUGACGAGGAGAAGGAAUGA